UCCAUGGCUUGUCUUGGUAUUUUCUCACCAUCUACAAGAAAGACGACACUAAUAACCAUGAUGUAGAUGGCUCAGUUGUUGUAUUAACCGCAUACGAUAUUUAAGUUUACAUAAUUUUGUAGUAUGACAAGGAGGUAAGUCUGAAAAAUGAUCAUCCAAAAUGAUGAGAACUGUAUAGUGAAGUCACUUUGGUUCUCCAUCUCUGUUAGAUCCAGUCCCAGGGAAAGACGUCUCCCACUGGUCCACCCAAACCUGCCAACAAGCUGGACAACAUGCUGGGAAGCCUGCAGUCCGACCUCAACAGGCUCGGAGUCCAGACGGUGGCUAAAGGGGUCUGCGGAGCCUGCAAGAAACCCAUUGUUGGGCAGGUGGUGACUGCCAUGGGCAGAACGUGGCACCCCGAGCACUUUGUGUGCACUCACUGUCAGGAGGAGAUCGGCUCCAGGAACUUCUUUGAGCGUGAGGGACAGCCUUACUGUGAGAAAGAUUACCACAGCCUGUUCUCGCCGCGAUGCCACUACUGUAAUGGACCCAUACUGGAU